AUUGUGCGCGGUGCCGAAAAUUUUCAAUAUAUUUUUGAAGUUUAUUUUUCUUUGUAAUAAUUCAUUAAUAAAUAUAAUGGCUUUGAAUAUUCAUAUCGAUUCACCGAAAGUUAAAUAUACCGAAGAUUAUAUCGAAUCGGAAUACGAAUAUCAAACUGCGAAUGUGUUAAAAGAUGAUACCGACAAGUAUACGGUAAAACCAAUAACGACGAAACUUUUAAUAAGAACUCAAAUAAAAGUACCGAAACUUGGUGUUAUGUUAGUGGGUUUGGGUGGAAACAAUGGUACAACCAUAACAGCAGCCUUACUAGCAAACAAACAUAAACUCACGUGGGAAACUAAAACUGGAAUUAAAAAGGCCAAUUGGUAUGGUUCAAUGCUUCAAGCAUCUACAGUUAAAUUAGGAAGUAAAAAUAAUCAAGAUGUAUUUGUACCAAUGUCUUCACUGUUACCAAUGGUUAAUCCAAACGAUAUAGAAAUUGAUGGUUGGGAUAUUUCGAGUAUGAAUCUUGCUGAUGCCAUGGAACGUGCUGAAGUUAUAGACAUUAAUUUACAAAAACAAUUAAAACCUUAUAUGAUCCAUAUGAAACCGAGAAAAAGUUUAUAUUAUCCUGAUUUUAUUGCAUCUAAUCAAAAAGAUAGAGCUGAUAAUGUUAUACACGAAACAAAACUCGGACAAUUGAAUUUGAUUAGAAAAGACAUUGCGGAAUUUAAAAUGUCUAAAAAUUUGGAUCAAGUUAUCAUUUUGUGGACUGCGAAUACCGAAAGAUUUUCAACAAUUAAUCCAGGAAUAAAUGAUACUGCUGACAAUUUAUUAAAUGCUAUUAACGAAAAUCAUCCUGAAAUUAGUCCGAGUACAAUGUUCGCAGUAGCAGCAGCAUUGGAAGGGUGCACUUAUAUAAACGGUUCACCGCAAAAUACUUUUGUACCGGGUGCAAUCGAAUUGGCCGAAAGACAAGGAACAUUUAUCGGUGGUGAUGAUUUUAAAUCUGGCCAAACUAAAUUGAAAUCAGUUCUCGUUGAUUUUUUAGUAUCAGCAGGUAUAAAACCAGUUUCCAUUGUAAGUUAUAAUCAUCUUGGAAACAACGAUGGUUAUAAUUUAUCGGCUCCCCAACAAUUUCGUUCUAAAGAGAUUUCUAAAAGCAACGUGGUAGACGAUAUGGUUCAAUCUAAUCAAAUUUUAUACGAACCUGGUGAAAAACCAGAUCACUGUGUCGUUAUUAAAUAUGUUCCGUAUGUUGGUGAUAGCAAAAGGGCAAUGGAUGAAUACAUGUCAGAAAUUAUGCUUGGUGGUCAUAAUACUAUAGUAGUACAUAAUACUUGUGAGGACUCUUUAUUGGCAAGUCCAAUCAUUUUGGAUUUGGUAUUACUUGCUGAAUUAUGUUCUCGUAUUACCUUCCGACAUGAAAAUGAAGGAGAAGAAAAAUCACGACGUUUUGAUAGUAUUCUUUCUAUCCUAUCAUAUUUAUUAAAAGCACCAUUGGUACCAAAAGGUACACCUGUGAUAAAUGCAUUAUUCAGACAACGUGCUGCUAUAGAAAAUUUAUUUAGAGCAUGUCUUUCAUUACCACCAGAAAAUAAUAUGCUUUUGGAAUAUAAAAUUAAUUUAAGACAAUCAUAAUAUCAUAUGAAUUUUUAUGUUUUGCUAAAAAGUAAAGCAUAGAUAUAUAUAUAUAUAUUAUUAUAUUAUUAAAAAACAAUCUUGUCAAAUUAAUAAAUAUUAUAUUAUUUUGGA